CACUGGCGGCGGCAUUCUCUGCAGGAAUUUCGCAUAUUUUGGCAUAAAAAGUGUAUAAAACUAAAAGAAGUAACUAGAUAAAGCCCCAGCGCUCAGUUUCAAGCGUGCAGGAUCGAGAACACAGCGCUGGUGGAGCACCCAGUGGUCGCCGGGAGACGCUGACAGUUUAGAGGGUCUCGCAGGACAUCAAUCAGCAUGUACAACGGCAUUGGACUGACCACGCCCCGUGGCUCCGGCACAAAUGGCCACGUGCAGCGGAACUGGGCAUGUGUGCGACCUGGGAAAAAAGACAAGGACUACCGCGCCGAGGACGACACCAAAAAGCUGGACGCCCAGCUGAACAGGCCACCUAACAAGGAAAUCCUGGACCACGACCGCAAGCGCAAGAUCGAAGUCAAGUGCCUGGAGUUCGAGGAGAUUCUCGAGAAGCAGGGACGCACACCGGAGGAAAUCAAGACGCAUGUGGACUCCUUUCGCCAAAAGUUAAUGGGACAGGGCAAAACAGAUCUGGCCAAGGAUGAAUUCGGACGCGUAGCUAACACAACCACAUCCACAUCUGCGGCAACGGCGGCAGUGGGAGCCACAGCGGCUGCCUCGGUGGCCACUGCGACCACAACCACAACAACGAUGGCAGCCACCACGGUGCAGGUGGUGAAAACUAAGAAACGCCGUAAGCGACGCAAACGCGCAGGUCAUGCAAUAGCCUUCACCACCGAAAAGAGCACCACCCCGCCCGGUAGCAACACGACCAGUCCGCGCCCCCAAACCGGAGAGAACCAACCCUCCGCUCCGGCUGCCACCGCCGGGGGCAGGAAGUGCAAGGCACCAUACUUCCAACACGACAACCGGGAGUACCUGGCCAAGUACGAGAGCUUCCGUUUGACCGCCCACACGUGGAACUAUGCGGCGGUGGCCAGGAAGUUCAAGCCCUUGCGGCCGGCGUUGGCAAGCGGCGCCAACAAGACCAGGCGACCAGCAGUCUCCAAGAGGUCGCACCCGGAAUGCGCCUGCGCCUGCCAGCAAAAAGAGCCGGAGCCGGCACUUGAACCCGGUCAGCGAACAGCUGAGCACUCCAUCCAGAAGGAGCUGCCUGCGUCACAUGAGAAAAUAAAUAUUGAUGGCAGCGUUCUACUCGAGCUGCUUAAGUACUCCUCGAGCAGCCUGCUGGAGACACUGCUGAGAGGCGGCAGUGCGGUGGCAACAAGUGCUCGUGACACCCAUCAAAUAGCCGAGGCUCAGCAGCAAAAGAACGCCAAGCUGCGCGAGGCCUUCAACAUAUCCGAGUACUUCGUGGAGGGCAGCAGCUUCGACAGCGACCGCAAAGCGAAGGAGGACCUGGCCAAAAGCGUGGCUCUGCAAAAGGAACUGGACGCCCAGCGCGAGAGCCUGGCCGCGGCGGCAGCUGCCGCAGCAGCAGGCAAGGACAAGGAGACCGGGAAGCGGUAUGCCCUAGUGCGCACUCCAUCCCGCGAACGGGAGCGUGAUCGCGACGGAGGCGAUGCGACUGCCGCCAGCGGGGAUGAGCGCGAACAUGUCUCCAAAUCGGACAAGAAGAAGCGCAAGAAACGCGCCAGAGAGAGUUCGGCCAGUCCUGAGCGCAAGAAGGACAAGAAGAAAAAGUCGAAGAAGCACAAGAAAGAGAGUAAGUCAAAGAAGAAAAAGUCGCGUAAGCGCAAGCACAGCGAGAGUGGCCGGGAUAGCGACAAGGAUAGUGAUGACGAGGAUGAUAGCAGCGAGGAGGAGCGGCGCGAGUCGAAGAGUGCCCGAAAAAAAGCCAAGAAGGACAAGAAAAAGCGUGACAAGAAGCUGAAAAAGAAGUCACGUGCCCGUGCCAGCUCCACGGAUUCGGAGCGCCCAAACUCUCCUGCGCGCAAGGAGAAUAAAUCGGACAAGUCCCGCGGAGGGAAAUCAUCCAAGGCCAAUGAGAAGGCUUCGCAGCAGGACAAUGCCACCCGCAGUCGAUCUCGCGAGCGUCGUAAGGACACGAAGACCAGGCCACACGAAUCUCCCAUGGACAAUCGACUUCCGAAGGCGCGGGAACGGUCAGCGGCCACUCCGCCACGAAAGGAGCCCGAAAGGCAGCGAGAACGCUCAAAGGACAAACAUCGGUCUAGGGAAAGACAAAGGUCAAGGGAAAGGCAGCGAUCUAGGGAAAGGCAGCGAUCUAAGGAAAGGCAGCAAUCCACGGAAAGGCACCGAUCCAAGGAGAGGCAGCGAUCUAAGGAACGGAAGCGAUCUAAGCAAAGGCAGCAAUCCAAGGAAAAACAGCGAUCCAAGGAAAGGCAGCGAUCCAAGGAAAGGCACCAAUCCAAGGAACGGCAGCAAUCCAAGGAAAGGCAGCGAUCCAAGGAAAGGCAGCGAUCAAAGGAAAGACAGCGAUCGAAGGAAAGGCAGCGAUCGAAAGAAAGACUGCGGUCCAUUUCCAAGGAGAGACACCGAUCCAGGGAAAGGCAGCGUUCCAAGUCCAAGAAUAAACAACAAUCUAAGGAUAAGAAACAGUCGGUGAUCAAAAGGCGAGACAGAUCAAAAGACCGUUCAAAGGAAAAUAAGCGUUCAAACGAGAGGCAAAGAUCAAAGGAGAGGCAACGUUCUAAGGAAAGACAUAGAUCAAAGGACAGGCAACUAUCCAAAGAAAGACUACGUUCCAAGGAGAGACCACGUUCAAAGGAGAGACUACGUUCCAAGGAGAGACUACGUUCCAAGGAGAGGCUACGCUCCAAGGAACGGCAACUUUCCAAGGAACGGCAACGAUCCAAGGACCGGAAACGUUCCAAGGAACGGCAACGAUCUAAGGAAAAGCACCGCUCCAAGGAGAGACGUUCUAAGGAAAAGCACGGCUCCAAGGAGAGGCAACGUUCCAGGGAACGUCCUGCCAAGGAAUCUCGAGCCAUAAACUCACCCAAGGAACGCAGUCCCAAAAAGAAAGACGACCGCCGUCAGCGAUCUCCUUCCAUCGGAAGCAGAAAGCAAACCGAUGAUCGCCGUCAGCGAUCUCCUUCCAUCGGAAGCAGGAAGCAAACCGAUGACACUAAGUUAAGGCGCGACUCCCGAUCCCGAUCGCCAGCCCAUUCCCCAGAGGUGCCGCCCAAGAAGACGGUGCCUACACCAGCCUUCAAUCCCUUCAAGGCGGCCGAGGACACUGUUAACGAUAUCCUGGGCACGAAGUCGGUGAUAGUGGCCCUGGAGCAGUCCAAGCGCCAGAGGGCGGCCUCCAGCUCGAGCUCGGAUUCCGACAGUUCCAGUAGUAGCUCGUCGGCCUCCCGGACGCCAUCGCCUAAACCCACUCCGAAAAAACACAAGAGGAGGAGCAGGACACCAGAACCAAAGGAGGUAAAGAAGGAGGCCAGUCCCAAGAAAGAGCGCCGCAAGAGUGUGAAACGGGAGCGAUCCACCUCCCCGCGAAUUCCCAAGCCAAAGAGCAAGGUGGUCGAACCGAGUCCCAAGCCAGCGAGGCGUCGUUCUCGCUCGAGUUCCUCGGAGCUGCGCUACUCGCCUGCAGAACGGCAUCCAGAGCGCUACCAGGACAUCAUUCAGGACAAGAAGCGGUCAUCCAAGGCUAGGGAAGCACCGACGACAAAGCCUGCUCCAGUGGUGCGCCUGAGGGCACAAAGCGACGAUGGCAGCGAUGCUGAAACAGGAGUAGAUGGCACCGCUUUGGAGGAAUUCCAGCAGAGCAGGCGGGAGCACGAGGAACAGCAAGAACUGCGCAUGCUGGAGCAGCUAAAGUCCGGGAUCGCGGCGAAGGCCAAGCAAAAGAUCAGGAUCAUGGAGAAGGACCCGGCCAAGGAGGGCAGCGAAGUAAGUGGCAGCGACCUAGUGACGGCUACUAAACGUAACUCGCUAAGCGAAUUCCUUGUUGCUAACAAUGUGACCGCAUUGAUUAACCCACUGACAACGACCACGCUAACGCUGACAACCACGCCCCCGCCGCCCUUGGCGGUGAUCCUGCCGCUGGAGCAGCACAAGGAGCAGGUGCAGCUGCGGGAUCCAGACCGGGAGCUGCCCGUGACUGUGGAGGAGCCGCUCAACAAAAGGGACGCCAGCACACCGCCCAUUUGCAAGACGCCCCACGUGGCGGCGAAUGGCGAGGCCAGGAGUCCGACAGUGGGUUACAAAAUCCACCUGCACCAAAGGCCGCCUCCACAGCACCUGCACCAGCAGCACCACCAGCCGCAUCAGCAGCAACAUCCGCAGCAGCAUCCCUCGGGGAAGCGCAUCUUCCACAACCGCACGCUGAACAAUAACCCUAACAGUAGACAUAGUACUAACAACCCUCAUGCAUGUGGUGGUGGCGGGGUCCCUCAUUCGAAUCCCAACAGUAGCACUGGCAGCGGCAACAGCAGCAACAACCCGGGCAUGCUGCCCUUCCUGGCGGGCACGCCGGGCACCUACAACCGCACCACCAACCGCCUCAACCACGGUCCCCUGCUGACCGCCACCCACUACAACAUCUGCAAGAACCACCAGCACAGUCUGCAGCAGCAGCAGGCGCAUCACCUGGCCCGUGGCCUGGUCUACAACUCGGCUCUGUUCGGACACGGACCCCGGCACCCGGGACUCCUGUCCCUGGCUGGAGUCGGUGUGGGCGUGGGUGGGCAGGGUGGCCCGCUGCUGGGGCACCCGCCGCAUGUCCGGGGUGGUGGCGGUCCCAUUAGCUUCAAUGCGGCGGCAGCGGCCGCGGCCGUGGCUGCCAAUAGUAUUAGCUACCAUCAUCAUCAUCAUCAACACCAACAAAAACCGAAAAUUGUUAUAAAACCCUUCAAAAUUCACGAUCCACAGCCCCUAGUCGCAGCGCUCGCGGACAGCUCGCUGGUGGACGCCAUCGUCUCCAAGGUUUCCACGGCCACCGUGGCGGCGGCAGCGGCGGCGGAGAGUGCGGCUCGCAGGAGCAGGAGUCGCGAGCGUCGAAGCCGCAGUCGGAGCAAGCGGCGCACCAGCGGAAGCCACCAUCGCCAUCACUCCAGCAGCCGCUCGAGAUCGCGGUAUAGCUCAUCCAGCAGCCGAAGCGGAUCGCGCAGUUCCAGGUCCCGCUGCGGGUCGCACUCUUCCCGCUCCAGCUGCUCAUCGCACAGCAGCUCGGGCAGUUCCUCCUCCGGCAGUGGUUCGGGAUCAUCACAGUCAGGCUCUCGGUCCCCCUCCAUCCCAAGGCGUCGCGGCUCACCAAGCUUUCUAGACAGACGUCGCAUAACCAGUGCCCGCAAGCGACCGAUUCCGUAUCACCACAAGGCCGCCGGUGAAGGCGAGCCGGAGGAGGUUUCCAGUUGCUGCUCCAGUUGCUUCAGCCGCGCCAGCAGUCCCACCACGCCCCUUCUAACGCCACUGCGCAACAGCCGGAGUCCCUCGAUGGCCGCCUUCUGAGUGUUAACCGCCUCGCUGCGCAAGAUGUGCGGCGAGUCCUGAGGCAAGACACUCGACUCCAAACCCCUCGAUCAAUCUCAUCCUAGUCACCAGCCCAACCAGUCAGAUAAUCCGACUUCUAGCCCUUAAGAUAGUUGUUAUUCGCAUUUAACUUGUUUUACACCUGCAUUCCGUAGUCCUAAGUUAGUCGUCUGCCCAUGAAUUUACUAGCGAAAUUAUAUUGUAGCCCCCGAUAUUAAGCCAAUAAUACUCGUUCGCCUUUGCUCGAUUAUUUGCUAGUUCUAAGCUGCGUUUUAAUAUAAAUAAAUUAUUUGUUGCCUCUCGAAAA